AUGGUUCUGAGUCUCAGUAUCUGCGCCAUAAACAUCAUCCAACUGGUCUGCAAGUGGACCUCCACGCCCUUCGUCAACGUCAUCGACUCCUUGCCAACACCGAUUUGGGCUGUUCCGUUCCCUAGCGUAGUUCUCUGCCCACAUUUACACAUGAAAUCUUCGUAUGCUAACGUAACGAACUUGAAAAAUGUUGAACGUUUCUUCGCUUCCUUAGUUUGUCCACAAAUGAAUCCGGAAUCAAAAUUUGAGUUGAAUCGACCCUUGACAGUCGCUGAAAAUAUUAAAUUGCAAGACUUCAUCAUAAAGGCUUCACCAACUUGCACGGAAAUUGUAAAAGUAUGUCACUGGCGAUCAGAAUAUGAAAUGGAAACAUUGAAAAUAGACUGCUGUGAGAAAUUACUGAAACCUAUAUUCACGGACUAUGGCCUUUGUUACACAUUCAAAGGCCUGCCAUUAAAUGGAAUGACAAACAGAACAUUAGAGUGGCAACACUCGUUCUCGAAAUUUAUAACCACAUCUCCUCUAGAAUGGGAUUUAGAUGGUGGUUAUCCAAAGGUUUUUCCACCAAAGCCUGGGAUGCUCCCAUACAGAGUCAUGGCGUCGGGUGAAGUCAACGGAUUGGAUAUUGAACUGUAUCUAAAUACAAGUGACCAUCAAUUUGAAUGCGAUGGAAAUAACAUCGGCUUUAACGUUUUAAUAGGUUCACCAGCGGAACACGUCUACAAGAGUACAAUUCUUCGUCUACCAAUGGACAGAAUGACCACAGUAGAGGUUUCAGCAAUCACUUACAAAACUGAUAGUUCCUUAAGAGCACUCUCACCAGAACAGAGACAAUGCUUCUUCCAAAAUGAAAGAGAACUCAAAUAUUACAAAUUCUACACAGAUACGAACUGCAAAUUAGAUUUGAGAAUCAGGAAAACUAUUAAACAAUGUAACUGUGUUCUAUUUCAUUGGCCAAGAAAACAUAUUUCGGACAGAAUAUGUUCAACAAGAGAAGAUUAUAAAUGUGUUUCCGAUGUCAAAGCCAAAGUUGGGGAACAACUGAUCUUCGCGUAUUAUGCUGACAGUGAGGAGCAGCGUAAUACUCAUGAGACAGCUACAUCAUGCUACCCAGCCUGUAAUGACGUACUUUAUUCCACCCAGGUCUAUUAUUCUGACCUCAUCAAAGAUACCCAUCAUAAGAACCAUUGGGGUAUUUUUAAAGGAGAGAGGACAAGCAUCAACAUACAUUUCUACACGGAUAUGUUUCUAGGUCAACAUCGUCACGCUCAAUACGACGACUUCUAUUUCGCUGGUGCCAUAGGUGGACUGCUAAGUCUCUUCCUGGGAUUUAGUAUAAUAAGUGUAGCUGAAAUAAUUUAUUUUGUGAUAUUAAAACCGAUACAUAACACGUUAAAAGAUGUAUACAACCAAAACUAA